GGUUGUAACUUGUAAAACUCUUUCUCAGCCUCUCUCCCCUCUCUCUCCAAAUCUCCCUUCUCUAACAGCUGGAGCACUCAACUAUAGCUCGCUAAUCUGGCCAUGGAGAAUUAUCACAUGCUGUUCGGGACGACGCCGACGGCAGCGCAGCCCUCGUCCUCCACCUCCAACUCCUACAACUUCCUGGCCACUGCCGGCGGCGGCACGAGCAGCCUGAUGCGCGACCAUGAUCGGGGACAGCCAGGACACUCGUUCUUGGCGGAGCUCUCUAACAGCUCCAAGGAUGGCGGCGCGAGCCCGCCGGCGGCGGCAGGCGGCCGCGGGGAGUCGUCGGCGGGGCCUGCUGCCGCCGGCGGUGAGGUGGACAGGCCGUCCGGGAAGAGGAAGGGGGAGAAGAAGGAGCGGCGGCCGCGGUACGCGUUCCAGACGCGAAGCCAGGUGGACAUCCUCGACGACGGCUACCGGUGGAGGAAGUACGGCCAGAAGGCCGUCAAGAACAACAAGUUCCCAAGAAGCUACUACAGGUGCACUCACCAAGGGUGCAACGUGAAGAAGCAGGUGCAGCGGCUGUCAAGGGACGAGGGCGUGGUGGUGACCACAUAUGAGGGCACCCACACGCACCCCAUCGAGAAGUCUAACGACAACUUCGAGCACAUUCUCACUCAGAUGCAGAUAUACUCCGGCAUGGGAUCAAAUUUCAGCAGUAACCACAACAUGUUUCACUGAAUUAUCCUAAAUUACUUCAAGCUUCCGUCGUCAUGCACCAUUCAAAACUAAGCAUGAACAAGCAAUAGAUUUUAUUAAUUUGUACAUUAAUAAGUCUUAGAGGUUUAAGAGAGAAAUAAGCGUGAUUUGGUAGCUAGGUGCAGGUAUUACUCGCGCAAUGUUCUUUUCUUCUUCUUCUUCUUCUUCUUGUGUUUGCAAUUAUAGGCCAGUGGUAGAGACUCAUACAUCCUCAGAAAUUUAAAAGAUUACAAUUAGAAACAGAUUAUCCUCUUUUUGGGA